UACCUGUGAGGGCGAUGGUAUAAAAGGGAAAAAUUGAAAAACGUCGCUCAUUACUCGUAUCGGCACUCGUCGUAUUAGUAUCAUGGCACCCAAAGCAUCAGGAUCGAAAGGAGCUAAGAAGGCCGCCACCAAGGCAAAGGCCAACCGUGGGACUGACAAGAAAAGGAGGAGGAAGAGGAGGGAAUCCUACAGCAUCUACAUCUACAAAGUGUUGAAACAGGUGCACCCCGACACCGGUGUGUCCAGCAAGGCCAUGUCCAUCAUGAACAGCUUUGUCAACGACAUCUUUGAGAGAAUCGCCGCUGAGGCUUCCCGUCUCGCUCACUACAACAAGAGGUCCACCAUCACCAGUCGGGAGAUCCAGACCGCUGUCCGUCUCCUUCUGCCCGGUGAAUUGGCCAAGCACGCUGUCAGUGAGGGAACCAAAGCUGUCACCAAGUACACCAGCUCCAAGUAAACUCCUGAAAAAGUUUACUACAAACACAAACGGCCCUUUUCAGGGCCACCCAAACUCCUCAAAAGGUCCCAAUGAACACUCGAAAAAAAACGCAAUUAC